GGCAGCGUCUCAAGCGCCCUCCGCCCGCUCGCAGCAGCAGGUAGGGGCCCGCCGCUCGGCAGUCGCCCGCUCGGGAGCCGCGCCCCCCCCCGCGCCCCGCGCCCACCCCGCGCCCACCCGGGGAGCGCCGCAGCUCCGCGCCCGCGCUGCCGCGGCUCCGCGCUGCCGGACAGGCAUGAGCGACCGGGCGGCCGCGCCGCGCCGCGGUAAGUGUGCACGACUGUGCAAGUGUGAGAGCAUCAUGGUAGCAUUCAAAGGAGUCUGGACUCAGCCCUUCUGGAAAGCCGUUUCAGCAGAAUUUUUGGCCAUGUUGAUUUUUGUCCUCCUCAGCCUUGGCUCUACGAUCAACUGGGGUGGAUCAGAGAAGCCACUGCCCGUAGACAUGGUCCUUAUCUCUCUCUGCUUUGGACUGAGCAUUGCAACCAUGGUGCAGUGCUUUGGACACAUCAGCGGUGGCCACAUCAACCCUGCUGUGACUGUGGCCAUGGUCUGCACAAGAAAGAUCAGCCUCGCCAAAUCGGUCUUCUACAUUCUUGCCCAGUGCCUGGGAGCCAUCGUGGGAGCUGGCAUCCUCUACCUCAUCACACCACCGAGUGUGGUGGGAGGCCUGGGAGUCACUGCGGUACACGGCGAUCUUUCCGCUGGCCAUGGACUCCUGGUGGAGCUGAUAAUUACAUUUCAGCUGGUUUUUACUAUUUUUGCCAGCUGUGAUUCAAAACGAAGUGAUGUCACUGGUUCAGUAGCUCUAGCAAUUGGAUUUUCUGUUGCAAUUGGACAUUUAUUUGCUAUCAAUUACACUGGUGCCAGUAUGAACCCUGCUCGCUCAUUUGGACCUGCUGUCAUCAUGGGAAAAUGGGAAAACCAAUGGGUUUAUUGGGUGGGACCAAUAAUAGGAGCAGUCCUUGCUGGUGCUCUUUAUGAGUAUGUCUAUUGCCCAGACGUGGAGCUCAAACGCCGUUUUAAAGAUGUCUUCAGUAAAGCUACUCAGCCAUCCAAAGGGAAGUACAUAGAAGUGGAUGACACCAGGAGCCACGUAGAGACCGAUGACCUGAUCCUGAAGCCUGGCAUUGUCCAUGUAAUUGAUAUUGACAGGAGUGAGGACAAGAAGGGAAGAGAUCCAUCAAGUGAGGUGCUGUCUUCUGUAUGACUAGCAAGGAGCACUGAAAGCAGAGAGCAGCCUGCCAGCGACUCCACAGAUAUCCUUCCACCUAUCAAAGAAACAGAUCUCCUCUAAACAGAGCAUCUAUCAUUUCUUAAAAAGUGUGGUGAAGGCAGCUGUGUGGUAGUGGCAUCACCAAACCAUACAUCUGCUCAGCUGGAAUAUUAGGACUUCAUUAUAAUUAGGAUUCCCCAUGAAUUAUUCUAAAUUUGGAGGUGUUCCUGCAAUUUUCCUUCCUUUCUUUCUGGAACAACCCCAAAGUCAAAAAGAGAUGAAAGCAUUCUUCUUUAAUAAAUCAGUCAAUAAUGAGAUGAAGAUAGAGAUGUUUAACAUUCAGAUUGACAGAUAAGAUGUAUCAGGAAAUGCCUAUAGACAUGAAGACCUACUUAUCAGAUUGUUCUUCUGACACUUAAUUGACUGUUGUCAUCUUUGAUUAGAACAUCUUAUCCAUUAAGCAUUCUCUGUGAGGUUCAGGGACAGCACCAACAGUAUUUAACAGUUUUAUCCAAAGUCAAGCAAUGGAGUAUUGUUUCCACUCACGUAUGUCACUACUACCUUGCAAACUACCUCUGAAAUAAAUGAUAUUUUAAUAGGCUCCAGAAAAAAAUUCGAUCAACCCAUCAAAUUUCACUCAUACGAUUUUCUGUAUAAAUGUAUUACCUUCAUCUCUUCCCAGGAGUAAAUAUGCUGAAAUUGAAUAUUGAAGUCUACCGUAAUAAGGCUGCAAAGCAUUUAACUGUACUUCAUGCUCACUUCUGACAUUGUCUAUCUGGUGAAACAUUCUCCUGGGGUUUGACUAUUGACCAUUUCAUGUUAGCAGACUCUCAAGGUCACGCAAAGAAUAUAAAGGCUUUCCUGUUACUUAAUAACUCAAAUAAGACCUAUCAGAAGAAAAGAAGGCAUAUCUGUUUUCAGUGCACUUGUUCAGAUACAGAUUUCUGUGAGAAUUUAUGUAAACUAAAUGUUUAAAUUACUUACCUACUUUCUUACAAGAUGGUCGGAGAUAUGGGGUUUUUAAUUUAUUAGUAAUGUAGAGAGUUUUUAAAUUUUAACUGUAUUGAAACACUGAUUGAGAAGUAUUUUUUAUAACAGAGGAUAAAAACAUGACUGCUUCUGCCUUGUUGUUGUAACUGAUGCCUAACUAGUCGAUCAGGAUCCUCUCUUAUUCCACAGCUCAUCUAGUCUUAAUUACAUCUCCAGUAAAGGCUGCUUUAUUUGUUGUUAGGAAAAGAUGCAAGCACUUGCAGGGUUUUUUGGGGGGAAGGGGACAUGAAAUCAGUAAUCAGGCUUUCCCCCAUAGAAGUAUUUUGAUAGACAUAAUCAUCUCACCGGAACAUUUCUACAAAGCUGUCACUUACUGCUUUUGUUUCUGAUCAGUGGCUUUGAGUUUUACAACGUGCAGCUGCCGAACAGUCAGGAGCAUUAUGGUAUUACUGUAAUUGUAUAGUUUUUAUUUUGAAAUUGAAAAGCUAUUCCUGCCUACUUAAGAAUAAGAGGGGAAAAAAAAAAGCAUUAGUCCUGACUGUGGGCUGUAAUAGACUUGUCUCCCCUUUGUCGUGCUCUACACGCAAUCUUUAUUACAGGGAAUUAGAUGCUUCUAGUGAGAUAAUAAACCACUGCUAAACUCAAAUCUGUGCACUGUGAUCCAAGGGCAAUUCUGCUAUUCCAACUCGCAGCACUGUAUGGCAUGUUCUGCUGUACUCAAUCUCCUGCUUUCACACUUUUCUUGCCUUGAAAACCCUGUUAGAGAGUGGCAAAAGCUCCCAUCAUCGAGCGCUAGAGUUGUGAUUCCUCCACUAUUUUUGGUUCAUCCCUGCUCCUGCCUCUGCUGUGCAGGCACAGCACAUGGCACAUGUGGGCACAGGUCAAGGAUUCCUCAGGUGACCCAGCGACAGCCCUGCUCAUGGCCAGAUGCAUUCCCAUUACAUACCUAUGGAGUAUGCUAAAACAGCUGAUGCACUCCCAUUACAUACCUAUGGUAAAACAGCUGAUGGCUGUCCCUACCUGUACUCCUCAGGACAGCAUCUUGGUUCAAGGGCAGGAGCAUGGCUAGGGACCUGCUGGUAUUUGACCUGCUGUAUCAAAUCAGAGAUAAGAUCCAAGCAAGACCAAGGAUCAUAGAUAAGAGUUAAGUCACAGCAGGAACUGAGUCUGGGCAACAUAGGUGUGGCUUUUAGAUUCCUGUAUGCCUUUUCUCAAAUGGGUAAGUAUCAUCCUAAAUAGAUUCAAUCAGAAAGAGUAAAAGUAGUGUUGUUUUUUGUUUGUUUGUUUGUUCUGUUGGUUUUUUUUCUCUAGACAUUUGUUCUGGCUUUUUUUUUUCCUUCAAACACUGUGUUUGUUAAAGGGACAUUUUGAUUAAACCUUUUUCAUGGCUUAAGCAGGUAAAGUGAAGAGUGUUAUAUUCCAUAGCACUGGUGGAUUGUUCUUGCAUUUUUGUAUUUAAAGGCACUCCUUAGAAACUCAUAAUAUGCAGAUUUUGCAUGGUGCUGUAUUAUUUAAAUAAGAAGCUGUGAUUUGCUUUAUGCUUAAUGGUCCUUUACACAAAUUGCAUGAUAUUUGUUUUCUUCACUCUGCCUGAUUCUGCUGCAGAGGUGAGCAUAGCACGAGCAUGGUACUGGCCAACUCAAUCGGGAGAAUUUUUUUUCCUUGAAACACAGUUUACUGAUGAAUUGUGGCAAACACUCAGAACCAGUCCUAGGAGAACUCCUUACUCAAUGGGAGUAUUGGAGAUAAGAUGCUGAGGCUCCUGAAAGGAUCAAGAGAAAGAAGACAAGCUAAAGUAAAGAGACCAUUAGCCAACAAAGGAUGCUGUCAUUCAUUGGCCAUUAUUAGGAAAAAGUGAGGACUCUUAGGUUUGCUCCUGCUUCCAUGGAAUCAAACUCAUGGAGAGGUUUGCCAUUAGCUGCAAUGGAAAUGAUGCUGAGCUUUUUGGGGAGCUGAUGGCUCCUCUCAAGCACUUCCCUGUAGUUUUUCAAAAAUAAGCACUUUUAAGCAAGAUAGUAAAUUCUGGAAGGAUACCGAUUCAACUUGAGGUUUAUGACUCACCCUAAAGUAAAUCCUUAGGUGUAACUGCCACCAAAGCCCAUUGUACCCCACAACAGGAGAUCACCGUUCACGGUGAUCAAGGAAUAUUCAAGGUAACAUCACAGCUCAGUGCCCCUUAGGAUUCAGUUUUAGCCUCCAAGGGUACGUACUUCUCUAAGUUGUUUUGCAGUGGCAUCAUUAUCAAAAAAUUAUUUAACAUUUUGUUAAAUAAUAGGCUGGCAUCACCUUCUUAUGGGUUGAAAACGCUUAGCAUAUAUAUUGGUUCAUGUUGGUGGAUAUAUAUCACAGCAAGCUUGACAGGCAUUUCACCGUUAUACUGGAGUCCUAAAAACAAUUGUGGAUGAGUCUCAUACCCCUCCAUGAUGGCACAGGUGUUUCCAACACUGCAUUUGCACAUUAAUGACCAUAUUCAGAAUAUUUAAUCCCCAGCCUUCAGAAGAGAAAGGAUGAAAGCUGAAGGUGGUUAUGCUGCAGCACACAAAUACCUUUCAGGUUCUCUAAAUCCUGAGGAGUUUGUCAGCCAAAUCCUAACUAUUCUUAUGGGGGAAAAAAAAAAGAAAAAAAAAAAGGAAAAAGGAAGAAAGAAAAAAGAUUCCUGUAGCAUUUGAGAUGUCAUAACCCUUCUUUUGUUGAAGUACAUGGGAGUUUUUUUCAUUCAGUGAAAGCAGGAGCAAGACUCAUCCCAUACGCAGCAUUUAGGCUUCUCAUAUGUACUUGCACAUGAGUUUUUCAAAACGUGUUUUAUUUUCAAUUAUUAAUUAUUGGUCAUGGUAGAUGUCUAAAAAGAUAAAUAGCCUUCAGAUAGGACUUUCACCUUUCUAAUGCUAGUUAACAGCAGUUGCAUCUGAAAUCUGCAAGAUUUUAGUUUGAGUCUGUGUAACACAUGCAGGAUGUUAUACACCACCCACUAUUUAUAAUCUAAAUAAAAUAUGUGAGAUCUUACAUUGUGAACCUUUCUGUCCAAGGUGAGAGAUACAAAUGCCACACAUUCUGACUCUAAAAUCAACCUGUGUGUAUCUGAGUUUCUCAAGGACUUUCAAACAGACAUGAUGCAAACACAGACUGAAUUAUUUGUUACUUGGUUACUUAUAUGAUUUAAAUCAUACUGAUGCAGUCUUUGUAAUUUAGGAAAAAUGAUGUAGAGCAAACUAUGUAUGAGGAUUUUUCCACAAUAUUGCUUAUUGUGGAAAUGUUUAGUCACCAUCGUAUCAGAACUAAUGUUAUAGGACUUAAACUUUCCAUGUGUUACGUUUGAAAUAAUCUACUGAGGAAUACACUAUGAAAUAAUACAUGAUUUUCUGGUUCCCACUUGUAUUCUACUGUAUCUCACACUUCUGUUGCAAAUAAAUUGUCUGUUCCAAAAAAGAAAA